CCUGUCUUUUAUAACGUCAUGUGCUAUCCUCAUUUGUUAUAUUAUUAUUAUUAUUUAUAAGAACAGUUUGCUUCAUGAUGCAAUUGAAACUACAUUAAAAUUUCUCUCUUUGAUAUUAAUAAAUAGAAGCCAAAAGGAUGUUGGAUUUAUUAAGUGGUCUUCGUCAUAUGCUGAAAAAACGUUUUGUAUCCAUAGACAACACAGUUUUUCGUCUUCAUUGGAUGGUGACAACAUCCAUACUACUUGCAUUUAGUUUAGUUAUAACAGCGAAACAGUACGUGGGAAACCCCAUAGAAUGUUUAAAAAUGGGCAACACACCCGCUGGAUUUAUAAACUUAUAUUGUUGGACGCAUUUAACUUAUACUAUACCCGAAGCAUUUCAUAAACAAGUCGGUAAAGAAGUACCUCAUCCAGGAAUAGAUAAUAGCAAGGAUGGUGUGCGAAAAUAUUAUGCAUAUUAUCAAUGGGUAUGCUUCGUUUUAUUCCUUCAAGGAUUGUUAUUUUAUGCGCCUUAUUAUUUAUGGUCUAUAUGGGAAGGUGGGCUAUUAAAAGCGGUAUCUCUAGGCAUGCACUUUGCUAUAUUCAGUGACGAAGAAAGAGGACGUAAAAAGAGAAUAAUUACAGAUUUUCUCGUGCAUCAUCUCAGGUGCCAUAAAUGGUAUGCUCUAAAGUAUUUUUUUUGUGAAUUUCUAUGUUUAAUAAACGUUAUAGGACAGAUAUUUUUAUUGGAUUUAUUCUACGAUGGAGGCUUUAUAACGUUUGGUAUAGACGUUAUAAAUUACUACAGAAGCAACCAGACUAUAGUUAAUCCUAUGGUUUACGUCUUUCCACGUAUGACAAAGUGCACAUUUAGAGAUUUUGGAUUAUCAGGUGACAUUCAGUUUCACGAUGCAUUAUGUAUACUACCGUUGAAUGUUUUGAACGAAAAAAUAUAUAUUUUUAUAUGGUUUUGGUUUAUUAUUUUAACAUUUCUUACAAUAAUUGUGAUGUUAGCUAGAAUUUUAGUGUUGAUUGCACCUUGCGUCAGGGCUCCUAUGUUGCACAUGAAGUGCCAAAUUGUUUUAAGGGAGCAUAUAAAUUUAAUUGUUAAACAAACUAAUAUUGGAGAUUGGUUUCUGUUGUAUAUGUUAAGUAAGAAUUUAGAUGUUGUGGUAUUUCGUGAAAUCGUUGGUGAAAUUGCAAAAAAAUUGGAUAAUGAAAGAAAUGGUGAAACUGAAUAUCUUGUAACUUGA